AGGCGAGGAGCGCGGGAAGGGAGGCGCUGUUCCUCCUCAACCCUCCCCCUUCCUUUCUCCUCCCUCUUUCCAAAGGGCCGUCCCCAACCCCGCUCAACUCCUAAGCACCUACUGGCGGUCUCCUCGGCUUGAAGGGCGGGCGUUGAUGAGGGAGCGGCUCUUCUCUGCUUCAGGAGGAGGGGGAGGAAAGAAGAGAAGGGGGGGGGGAAGGAGGCGGAGGCGGCUCUUCCUGGGACUCCUCCUCCUCCUCCUCCCUCGAGCUGAGCGGAGGAGCGCAAGCCGGAGCGGAGCGCAGAGCCAGCAGCACCAUGACCCUAGGCUGCAGCAACGGGAGCGGCCGGGCCUGCGGCUUGCUGGCGGGCGGCUCUCCCACGGUCGUCUCCGCGACCUCGGCGGAGGAGGAGGAAGAGGAGGAGGAGGAAGAGGAAGAAGACGUGGAGGACAUCGACGUGGUGGGUCCCCCGCCCGCGGAGCAUGGCCAGGCCAAGUUCAGCGAGGAGGAGGAGGAAGAGGAGGAGGAAGAGCUGCGCCUCCUCGGCCCGCCGCCGCCCGCCCAAGCAGGACCCGAGGCCAGCCCCGAGGCCCCCACGCCUGCCUUCUCGGGGGCCCCUCCGGCGCCCUCUUCGUCCUCGGGAGGAAGCAGCGUCCCCGCGGGGUCGUCGGCCCCGGGCAAGAACCCCUUGGUGAAGCCGCCCUACUCCUACAUCGCGCUGAUCACCAUGGCCAUCCUGCAGAGCCCCAAGAAGCGCCUGACGCUGAGCGAGAUCUGCGAGUUCAUCAGCGGGCGCUUCCCUUACUACCGGGAGAAGUUCCCGGCCUGGCAGAACUCCAUCCGGCACAACCUCUCGCUCAACGACUGCUUCGUCAAGAUCCCCCGCGAGCCGGGCAACCCGGGCAAAGGCAACUACUGGACCUUGGACCCGGAGUCGGCCGACAUGUUCGACAACGGCUCCUUCCUCCGCCGCCGGAAGCGCUUCAAGCGGCAGCCGCAGCCUCCGCUCCACCCGCACCCGCCGCCGCCUCCUGAGUUGCUCCUCCGCGCCGACCCGGCCUCCUUCCUGCCGGGCUUCCCUUACGGACCCUACGGCUACAACUACGGGCUGCAGCUCCAGAGCUUCCACCACCACCAUCACCACCACCACCACCCCGGGGGCAACAACGGCGGGGCAGCGGCGGUGACGGGGAGCUUCCCUUUCCAGGCUUCUCCUUGCGCCUUGCCUGCCCCUCCGGGCCUCUCCUCUUUCUUAGGGGCCGAGCUGAGUGGGCGGAAAGCCUUCUUCCCCGCCGGGCCGCUCAGCCCCACCGCCUCCCUCCUGCAGAGCCUCAAGGCGGACCCGCAAGGCGCCGGCAACAGGCCUUCCUCCUUUUCCAUAGACAAUCUCAUCGGAGGAGGAGGAGGCGGCGGAGGAGGAGGAGGAGGKGGCGGCGGUGGAGGGGCGGCCCCGCCUCCCCCCAGCAGCUCAGCCCCCGGCGCCCCCGCCUCGCCCUUCGCUCCGGGCCACGCAGGAGGCCAAGCCCAGGUCCUGGCCCUGCUCUCCCCGGCCCUGGCCCCGCUGCCCGGCCCGCUGAGCCUCCCCCACGACGGCCCCCUCCUCCCCUCCGGACAGAACUUCGCCAACAAACUCACCAACCUCAACAGCUGCCCUUUUUAGAAACACGAGCUCCCCCUUCUCCCCAAUCCACAUCCAACUCCCCCCCCCCUCACCCCAUCUGUCUUUAGCCCUCCCUCAGUCUCCACUCUCACAAUUGCCUUCCUAAUGUGUUUUUAAAAGGUAGGAACUCUUCCUUUCCUUGUUUUUUUCAAAAGAGAAACCAAGCUGUUGUCGAAAGUUUUCAUGGCCAGAAUCACUGGGUAGCUGUGAGUUUUCCGGGCUGUAUGGCCAUGUUCCAGAAGCAUUCGCUCAUAUCUAUGAUAGCCAUCCUCAGAGGUUGUGAGGUCUGUUGGAAACUAGGCAAGUGGGUUUAUAUAACUGUGGAAUGUCCAGGGUGGGAGAAAGAACUCUUGUCCGCUUGAGGCAAGUGUAAAUGUUGCAAAUGGUCACCUUGAUUAGCAUUUAAUGGCCUUGUAGCUUCAAAGCCUGGCUGAUUGCUGCCUGAGGGAUCUUUUGUUGACUUGGGAUCUAUAGGAACAGAACACAAACCUUUGGUACUCACUAGAAUUUCUUUCUAUCCAAUGACAGAAUGGCCUUGGAGCUUCAAAGCCUGGCUGCUGCCUUCCUGGGGGAAUCCUUUGUUGGGAAGUGUUAGCUGGCCGUUAUUAUUUCCUGUCUGGAAUUCCCCUGUUUUCUGAGUUUUGUUCUUUAUGUACUGUCUUGAUUUUUGUGUGGGUUUUUUUUUAAUAUUGAUAGCCAGAUUUUGUUCAUUUUCAUCGUUUCCUAAAUGCUAAUUUAGCCUUGAUUAUCUGCUAAUCACCGUGGCCAAUUGCAACAUUCAAACUUGCCUCCAGCAGAAAUUAGUUUUUUCUCCCACCUGGACAUUAUUGCACAGAUAUAUAAUCCUCACUUGUCUCACAACCUCUGAGGAUGCCUGCCAUAGAUGUGGGUGAAACGUCAGGAGAGAAUGCUUCUGGAACAUGGCCAGACAUCCCGGAAAACUCACAGUAACCCAGAAACCAAGCUGUUUGGACGUCUGUCCGCUGGGUCUACGCGGCCAAAUAUAAUGCAAUUUGAACUGCGUUUUGAGGUCACUGUGGAGUAGACCCACAUAAUCCAGUUCAAAUUUAGUUCAUACUGCAUUAUUUGGCGGUAUAGAUCCAGCCUGGGUUGAUUUGGGCUCGUGUGUGCGUGCACGUGUCUGUGUCUGUGUUUUCCGGAUCGUUGUUUCUUUUUGUUUAGGAAGGGGAGGGGCCCCGGGAAGAAAACUAAGCUCCCCAAUCUAUUGCCAAUCACUCUUUCUCGCGGUGGUUUCAAUAUGUAAAUCCCAAGGCAUUAAGGAUGGGUGGACACUGCCAUAGAAUGCAGCUUGAUCUGCAUUCUAUGGUCAGUGUAGAUCUAUAUAAUGCAGUACGAAUUGCAUUGUGCCAUCAUUAAUAAUUGUAAUGCAUCAAGUGGCACAUGACAAGGACUGGAUCUACACUGUGACAUAAGAAAACAUCACACUAGAGAAAAAAAAAUAUCCACUAAAAUCCGUUUUCUGCCUCCUGCAGAAUUCUGGGGUUUGUAGUUUAGGGAGGAGCCUUUAACAGCCUCACUAAACUACAAACCCCAGAAUUCUACAGGAGGCAGAAACUGGGUUUAAAGUUGAUUGUUUUUCUCUAAUGUAAUGAAGUAUAUAAUGCAGCUGCAUUAAAUGGUGAGUGUAGACCCCUAUAGUGGACUUUGAACUGCCUUGUGGGGGUCUACUCUUACCAUAUAAUGCAGUAUUUGGCGGUGUGGCUCCAGCACGAGUCAUUUUGUUGUGGGUACGGGGCAUAGUUUUAUUAAGGCUGUUGCAGUCCCAAGGCACUUAGGAAGGACACCCUGUGGCUCUCCCAGUCCUUUCUUGGGGUGCAUCUGCACUGUAGAAUUAAUGCAGUUUGACACCACGCCUCAAUGCUAUGGAAUAUUGGGAGUUGUAGUUUUAUGAACUCUUUCGCCUUCUUUACUAAAUAGUGCUAUUGCCUCACAAAGCUACAAAUCCC